AGAGAGAGAGAGAGAGAGAGAGAGGCAUAUUCUAUGACGAAACUCAAAGAACUCAUAGACAGAAUCAAAGACAAAGCUUUACAGGGAAAAGCCGCAAUCCUCUCAAAGCGCACCACUCUCUCUCUCCUUCGAGCCACCAGCCACGAUUCUUUCACCCCUCCAAACCACAAAUACAUCAACACCCUUCUUUCCUCCGGCGAUGGUUCACGCGCCACCGCCUCCUCCUUUAUCGAACUUCUCAUGGACCGCCUCCAAACCACCCAGAAUUCCGCCGUGGCACUCAAGUGCCUAAUCGCCGUCCAUCACAUCAUCAAACACGGCACCUUCAUCCUUCAGGACCAGCUCUCCGUGUACCCUUACACUGGUGGCAGAAACUACCUUAACCUCUCCAAUUUCCGAGACAAAACAAACCCCAUAUCUUGGGAACUCUCUUCAUGGGUCCGAUUCUACGCUCAUCACAUAGAACAGCUUCUCUGCACUUCCAGAAUCCUCGGAUUCUUCCUCGGAGCCUCUUCUUCAACGCAAGGCAAAGAAACACAUGAGGAAACAGUUGCGGGUCUAACCAACGCCGAUUUGUUGAGAGAGAUUGAUUCUUUGUUGGCUCUGGUUGAAGGAAUAGGGAAAAGACCGAACCCUGUUUCAACAAACGGGAACAAACUAGUGGUUGAGAUAGUGGGUUUGGUUGAAGAGGAUGGGGUUGAAGCGCUGAGAGAGGUAUCUAUAAGAGUGAACGAGUUCAGGGAGAGAAUGGGUAGCUUGAGUUUUGGAGAAGGGGUGGAAUUGGUUUACGCUAUGAAGAGAUUGGAGGAGUGCAUAGAGAGGGUGAUGAUGAUGAUGAUGGUGUUGGAGGUGGCGCACGUGCAGAGAUUAUGGGAUUCAGUGAGAGAAUUGAAGGAGAAAGCUGAGAUUGAGUUGUACAAGGAAGAGAGGAAGGUGUAUAGAACAGUGACAAGACACAGGGAAAUUGACUCGGUUCGGAUUAAUGGCACAGUUCUUAAUUCUGUUGGUUUGGUACAGUUUCCAUCUUCUUCAAGGUUCUUGUAA